AUGGUACCAGCAGUGAUCUCCAAGACCUUACCAACAGACAUUCUGAAAAAACAGGAGCUUAUGGGAUGGAACAGCACGAACAACACCAACCAACGCAAACGUUACCAUGAACGGCGAGGUGCUGAGAGAUUUUUUGGUUACUUCAUGCUUCUUAUGAUACUGGAGAAACGACUGAACUUGGACCAGAUUGGUCUGGGUCCGUCUGAAAUAUCGCUGAUUGGCCAGAAUAUCAAGUCCAGAACUAAAAUAUAUUCCUCAACUGGUGACGAAAUGUGUGACCCCGCUGUUUCGGAAGACUUGCACCAUGUGAGGCCAGAUACUGAGUUCUGCCUGCUUGAAUGUUCUGCAGCCUUCAACAAGCUGAGCCAGCAAGAGAAGAAGUACGCCCACUACCUGUCCAGAGCCUGCUGGUAUGGGGGGCUCAUUGUUCUCUACCAGGAAAAGUUCGAGCGUCUAGUGUUAGAAAGUGAAGCAGGAAAGAAUGAUCCAGAGGGGAUAGCAGGGCUGUGGAACUCUCUGUCCUACCGUAUGUACUCGCUGGAGGAACGACAUCGCGUGUUAGGACUGGGUCCAAAGUGUACAUCAUCUUACUACUCCUUUACCUGUGAUAUGGACGAUGCCAAACUUGCACAAGAGUUUAUGCUGUCCAAGAACUUGGCCGCGUUUAACACAAGGCUGAUCAAGAAGUCCUUGCACGAGUACGAGAUACGUCUUGCAUCGUCAGAAACGGGGGACGGCGUUGUACCUGGGUGUGAUAAAUGUUUGCUAGGCAGCCAUGAGUUUACAGCGGAGGGAGCAGACGCACCAGUCACCUUCCAUAUCACUAGGGGAGACUACUCUAAGCUGCUGGCAAAAGUUGUCACCUGUUUCGAAAAAGCAAGGGAAUUUGCGACCACUGAGGCGGAGUCUCGCAUGUUGGAUGGUUAUAUUGUCAGCUUCACCACGGGGUCUGUUCCGUCACAUAUGGACAUGGCCAGAAUCUGGAUCAAGAACAAGAGUCCCGCCGUGGAAACGUUUUUUGCUUUCCUGGAGAGCUACAGGGAUCCAUUGGGUGUUCGUGCCGAAUUUGAAGCUUUUGUGGGUUUUGUGAAUAAAGAAAGGAGCGCUAAGUACCAGGAACUGGUCAACAACACUGAGCGGCUGUUGAAGACCCUACCAUGGCCGGCUGAAUACGAGAUGGACAAAUUCCUGAGACCAGACACACUAUCGAUAGAUCUGCUCACGUAUGGGGCAUCCGGUGUUCCUGACGGCUGCAAUAUACCAUAUAGCUACGAUGAUAUACGGCAAGAUGAGGGCUUCAAAAACGUCACAUUUUUCAACAAAGUCAAUGUCGAUUGCUACAUUGGAGAAACAUUUAUUGAUGAUAAAGACAAGGAUCUGUAUUUGAAACUGAUGGCGCCCACUUAUGAACUGCACGUGGGCUUACACGAGCUGUUCGGACAUGGCAGUGGAAAAUUGUUCAAUGAGGACUUUGAUGGUAACCUGAACUUUGACAUCAACACAGUGCGACACACUGAGACCGGCGAACCGAUUAGCAGUUGGUACAAGCCGGGGGAGACGUGGGACACAAAGUUCCCAAGCUUCGGGGCUUCCUACGAAGAAUGCCGCGCGGAGUGUGUCGCCUUGUACAUGAUUGACAACGAGGACAUACUUAGGAUAUUUGACCAUGAGCAUGACGGCGAUGACGUGGUAUAUGUGGUGUGGUUGAGCCUGAUGCGGACGAGUCUGUUAGCACUUGAGUUCUACACGCCAGAGACGACCACAUGGCGGUCGGCCCAUAUGAGAGCAUGGUUUGUGAUACUGCGCGUGCUCUUAGAGGCAGGGCAAGGCUUCUUGGAGAUCUCUGAAAUCACAGGGAGUGAUGGCAACCCAGACUUUGUAAUUCGAAUUGACCGCCAGAAGAUACAUACUGUAGGGAAACCUGCCCUUGGAAACUUCCUCAGGAAACUUCAGACGUACCGUGCCAUUGGCGACUUUGCGGAGGCAAAGAAGAUUUAUGAUCACUAUUCUGAAGUACCCGAAGACGGAGACGUCAAGUUCCUAGCGUUACGAGACGUUGUUCUUGCUCGUAGAAUUCCACGCAAGAUUUUUGUACAGCAUAAUACAGUGAUAGAUGAAGGUGAUUAA